AUGAUGUUCCGAAUGACCUGGGUGCACCCCAAUGAUCGUCGGUAUCAGUUAAUCUUGUGGCGUGAAUCCCCAUCUGCACUUCUUGUUACGUACGAGUUAGCUACAAAUACUUACGGCCUACGGUCUAGUCCCUACAUUUCCAUUCGUACCCUUUUAGAGCUUGCUGAACGUGAGCGCUCAUCAUACCCACGAGCAGCUGCUGUUCUGGAAAAUGAUAGUUAUGUUGAUGACUGCCUAACCGGAGCGAGUUCACUCGGUGAAGCUCAAAUAUUAAAAACAGAACUUCAGUCCCUAAUGGCCUGUGGUGGUUAUGAGUUGAGAAAAUGGAUCAGUAAUGAACCCGAAUUGCUCAAAGACAUUCCCCUCGAACAUCUACAGGGUCCAUAUGAAUUUCAUGACCCAGAUAACCCACCAACCAUUCCUGUACUUGGUAUUCAGUAUAAUCCGACUGCAGAUUCCUUUACAUACAGUUUUUCCUUUAAGCCUCAGAAGUCCCUAACCAAGCGUACAGUUCUCUCCCUCAUCGCUCGUAUUUAUGAUCCAUGUGGAUGGAUAUCUCCAGUUGUAUUUAAAGCCAAAGCGUUUAUACAACGUCUAUGGAUGUCGGGCCUCAACUGGGAUGGUCCUCUUAACCAAUCCCUUUCUGAUGAGUGGUUAUUAUUUGUACAAGACCUGGAGAAUAUCAAACAGCUGAGCAUUCCUCGUCGGAUAUUGCCUGCGGAUGCCACUUCCAUUUCCUUACACGGCUUUUUUGAUGCUUCGGAGGCUGGUUAUGCAGCUGUUGUAUACCUUAGGACUGAAUCCUAUUCUGGCCAUUGCUCCGUCCAUCUCCUCAUUUCUAAGAGUAAGAUUGCCCCUAUCCGUACUCGUCUCACAAUUCCCAUGCUGGAAUUGAAAGGAGCUGUGCUCCUCACAAAAUUAAUUCAUCACGUUACCAUCUGUCUACAGAAGGUAAUCGUGUUGGAUGCUAUCUACAGUUGGACAGAUAGCAAAAUUGUGCUGGCAUGGAUAAAGACUCCUCCUCACCUGCUUCAAACAUUCGAAGCAAACCGCGUGUCUCAAAUCACCUCAUCCGAUUUCCCUUCCGAGUGGCAUCAUGUUCCUGGUUCUAUUAACCCUAGCGAUUGUGCUUCCCGAGGUCUUAGCGCAUCGUCUCUUCUUAACCAUGAUCUAUGGUGGUCUCCUUCCUGGUUGACAGAAUCCCCUAAUCAUUGGCCUAUUGGUGCAGACAACAAACAAUCCUAUUGA